UUAAAGACCGAUUAGUAAUAGAACGAUUCAGAUUAGAUUCGAUUAUAAAAUAUCGAUAACUAACGAUAUCAAAUAGCAGAAUUGCACUAUAGUUGCGUGUUGCGUGACGAGUUACGAAUUGUUUGUCAAAUCAAGCAUAUUUACUUAUAUGUUAAAAGGAUGAAAUAAUAUUUAUGACAGACAGAUUUUUAAUAUUUAGUAAAAAUGUAUUAUUUUAGACAUAAAAAAUUGGUUACGACCUUCAAUAUAGUAAGAAAUAUGGCCACCCUUAGAAGAUUUUAUCGAAAAACAAAUAUAUUAUUGUGUGAUGGAAAAUUUGAAAUUACACUUGACCAAAGGAAGCUCAAAACACCACAAGGAAAGAUAUUACAAGUGGAAAGCAAACCUUUAGCUUUGGCUAUAGCAACAGAAUGGGAUAUGCAGAAAAACAUUAUUGAUAGAAGUAGUAUGCAUCUGACAGCCCUGUGUAAUACUGUAAUAGAUAAUCCUAACAAUCAUACAAAGCAAGAUAUGGCAAAUUACAUUGUGAAUUGUUUGGAAAUGGAUACAAUACUAUUUCACUCAUACGAAAAUGAGGAAUUAUACAAGAUACAAACUGAAAAUUGGGAUCCACUAGUACAAUGGUUUUGUGACAAAUAUGGAGUGAAUUUGGUUAAAACUCAGAGUAUAGAAGCUCCUACUGUAUCUUCAGAAACUAAAACAGUAUUGACAAGACACUUAAUGUCCUACAAUUAUAGUGCAGUUUAUGGUUUUAUGUAUGGAGUGGAUGCAAUCAAAUCUGUAAUCCUUACCCUAGCUGCAGCAGAAAGAGUAAUUAGUAUACAGGAAGCCGUAAGGCAAUCGCGCUUGGAGGAAAAUUAUCAAAUUUCUCAUUGGGGUUCUGUAGAAUGGUUCCAUGAUCAAAAUAAAUAUGACUUACAAGCUCGUUUAGCUGCAGCUAUCUUAUUUGUGCAUUUGAACUCUUAUUCUGUGUCAUGUCAACCAAAAAUAGAUAAUAAGAAUGUUGAUUAAUUUAUAAAAAUUAAUUGAAUAAAUUUCGUACAAAACUUGUA